UCCACCGUGGUGUGUCAACUGCAGUAACCACAGGGCGCUACCUCCGUCUGAGACCACAGGAAGACACAGGCUAUCUGCGUGGAAGUAAAAGCUGCUCUUCAAUAGUUUCUUUUUGGACGGGCAGACAAAACAACCGUCUUUUAAAGAUAAACACAGAUGUGGUUUGUUAAAGCAUGACCUGCUCCUGGCUGUCGCGUCGGGUGAGUUAGCAUGCGCGCUAGCUGUCACUCCAGUGCUGAUCCCGUCCAUAACAUAUCCAACUGGUGGCUUGAUUUAAGGAAGUAUAUCGUCGACUGUGUGGUCGUUUCGAGUUAACACAGCACGCCUGGUUGCGAAGCUCUUUUGGUCAUGUUUUGUAAAUAAAGAGCAAGUAACUAGCAGCAGCGCUUGCUAACGCGCAGUUAGCCUUCGGUCUAAACUUGACCCCAAACAUCUUAGCAAGUCAAAUGUUACGACAAUUAACGAGAUGGACAAACGAUCGACCCUCACGUAAGUGAAACAGAGCCUCAAAACAUUCGGAGUUUAAGCCUCAGAUAUGGAUUGAAUGACUGUUUGGCUCGGAUAUUUGAAGUUUCAAGUGCGUCGAUGAUCGAGCGAGUUGGCUAGCAGCGCUCGCUAGCUCAGCAACCCCAAACAAGCAAGUGAAUGUUGCUGCUCUAUUUCUCAUCUCUUGAGUCUCUGUGAUGGACAUGGAGACAGCUGUCUGUGAGCCUCAUUACCAGAAUGGUGACGUCCACCACGAGGAUCCUUGUCCAAAGCAGCCCACCGUUCUCAAGAUCCACCUGUACCAUAGCAGCCGGAGCGACGCCGACUCCAGCCCGAUCUGUUACCCGCCUGGAGAGUACAUCACAGAGCAGCUCAUCAUCCACGCUGCCAAGGAGAGCGGAGUGUCACCAGUAUACUGCAGCCUCUUUGGGCUCUACAAAGAAGAUGAAGCCAUCUGGUUAUCACCCAAUCACGUCCUCCAUUUAGAUGAAACCGCCAAUGAGAGUUUGCUAUUUAGAAUAAGGUACUAUUUUCCUGGCUGGUACAGUUGCGGGACGUCCCGGGCGUACCGCUAUGGAGUGACUAAGGGAUCCGAGAGCCCGGUCCUAGACGACUAUGUAAUGUCUUACCUCUUUGCUCAGUGGAGGAGUGACUUUGUCAAUGGCUGGGUGAAGUUGUCGGGAAGCCACGAGAAUCAGGAGGAGUGCCUUGGCAUGGCUGUGUUGGACAUGAUGAGGACUGCCAAAGAGAAAGAUUGCUCGCCGCUGGACAUCUAUAAUGACAUUAGUUAUAAAUCAUUCCUCCCGAAAGACAUGAGGGAGCGAAUCCAGGACUAUCAUUUUGUCACAAGAAAGCGCAUCCGCUAUCGCUUCCGAAAAGUGGUGCAGCAGCUGAGCCAGUGCCGGGCCACUGCGCGAGACCUAAAGCUCAAAUACCUGAUCAGCCUGGAGUCUCUGGACAAUGGUUUCUUCACCGAACGCUUCCAGGUCAAAGAGCCUUCGACCGAGCAGGUCACUAUCGUCGUCUCUGCAGAUCGAGGCAUUCAGUGGUGCCACGAGCGACAUAAAGACACACAGUCUGAGGACCUGCUGCAGACGUAUUGUGAUUUCGCGGAAGUUGUCGAUAUCAGUAUCAGGCAAGCCAGCAAAGACGGUACCAACAUGAACCGCAUUGUCUCCAUCAACAGACAGGAUGGAACACCUCUAGAGUUGGUGUUUUCCACCUCAAUGCAGGCCUUGUCUUUUGUAUCUCUAAUUGAUGGUUACUACAGACUGACCACAGAUGCCCAUCACUACCUCUGUAAGGAUGUCGCCCCGCCGUAUCUGCUGGAAGCCAUCGAGAGCUACUGCCACGGCCCGAUAUCAAUGGAUUUUGCGAUCAGUAAACUACGCAAGUCAGGGAACCAGAAAGGCCUCUUUGUGCUCCGAUGCAGCCCUAAAGACUACAACAAAUACUUUCUGACUCUUGCAUUCGGGGGGUAUGGAAAUGUAGAGUACAAGCACUGUCUCAUUACCAGAUCUGAAAGCGGCAACUACAAUCUUAGUGGAACCAAAAAAAGUUUUAGAAGCUUACAGGAUCUGCUGAAGUGUUACCAGAAGGAAACAGUGAAAUCUGACGGUAUCGUCUUUCAGUUCAGCAAGUGCUGUUCACCAAGGCCCAAAGAGAAGUCGAGUUUGCUGGUGUGCAGAAGUCAUCGGGGUUUGGAGGUUCCUCUGUCCUCCUCACUGCAGAGACACAACAUCAGCCAGAUGGUCUUUCACAAAAUCAAGAAAGAAGACCUCGAGCUUGGUGAAAGUCAAGGUCAGGGAACUUUUACAAAGAUCUUCAAAGGGAUUCGGAAAGAGCAGGGAGACUAUGGAGAAACCCAUAAAACUGAAGUCAUUGUCAAAGUCUUGGACAAAGCACACAGAAAUUAUUCUGAGUCUUUCUUCGAGGCGGCCAGCAUGAUGAGUCAGCUCACUCACAAGCAUCUGGUGUUGACCUACGGCAUCUGUGUGUGCGGAGACGAGAACAUCAUGGUGCAGGAAUAUGUCAAGUUUGGCUCCUUGGACACAUAUCUGAAGAAAAACAAGAGCUCGGUAUCAGUCAAUAUCCUGUGGAAGCUGGAAGUGGCCAAGCAGCUCGCCUGGGCUAUGCUCUAUUUGGAGGAGAAGAGUCUGGCUCAUGGGAACGUGUGCGCAAAAAACAUCCUUUUGAUCAGGGAGGAGGACAGGGCGCUGGGAAACACGCCGUUCAUUAAACUGAGUGACCCUGGCAUCAGCAUCACUGUGCUGCCCAGAGAGAUUCUCGUAGAGCGAAUCCCCUGGGUGCCCCCUGAAUGCAUAUUAGACCCCAAAAACCUGAGUCUAGCCACUGACAAAUGGAGCUUUGGGACAACUUUAUGGGAGAUUUGCAGCGGAGGAGAACAGCCACUUGCCAACAUGGACAAUUCCAAGAAACACUUAUUUUAUGAAAACCAUCACCAACUACCCGCCCCGAAGUGGACAGAGCUGGCUAACCUGAUCAACAGCUGCAUGGACUACGAGCCGACGUUCAGGCCAUCGUUCAAAGCCAUCAUUCGAGACCUAAACAGUCUCUUCUGCCCUGAUUAUGAGAUCGUGAAGGAGAGCGACAUCAUGCCCAGCAGAGCAGCAGCGUCUAUAUUCAACACUGGAACAUUUAAGAAUAAUGAACCCGUGCAGUUUGAGGAGAGACAUCUGAUUUUCCUGCAGCAGCUGGGCAAGGGUAAUUUUGGCAGUGUGGAAAUGUGCAGGUACGACCCUCUGCAGGACAACACCGGCGAGGUGGUGGCGGUGAAAAAGCUUCAGCACAGCACCACUGAGCACAUUCGGGACUUUGAGCGGGAAAUCGAGAUCCUUAAAUCCCUCCAGCAUGAGAACAUUGUGAAAUAUAAAGGCGUGUGCUACGGUGCAGGGAGGAGAAACCUACGGCUGGUUAUGGAGUACCUGCCUUACGGAAGUCUACGGGACUAUCUCAACAAAAACAGAGAUCGGAUUGACCACCAGAAACUUGUCCAUUAUGCAUCUCAGAUAUGCAAGGGCAUGGAAUACCUUGCGACGAAACGGUACAUUCACCGAGACCUGGCCACACGAAACAUCCUGGUGGAGAGCGAGUGCAGGGUGAAGAUUGGAGACUUUGGCUUGACCAAGGUUUUACCUCAGGACAAAGAGUACUACAAGGUUAAGGAGCCUGGAGAGAGUCCCAUUUUCUGGUAUGCUCCUGAGUCUCUGACUGAGAGCAAGUUCUCGGUAGCGUCCGACGUCUGGAGUUUCGGAGUGGUUCUGUAUGAACUCUUUACAUACAGCGACAAGCUCUGUAGCCCACCGACGGUGUUUUUGAGUAUGGUCGGAGGCGACAAGCAGGGACAAACGAUAGUCUAUCAUCUCAUCGAGCUGUUGAAAAGAGGAAACCGUUUACCACAACCCAUGGGCUGUCCUACAGAGAUGUUCGAGAUCAUGCAGGAAUGCUGGGACAACGAUCCUAGUCUUCGGCCAAAUUUCAAAGAGCUUGCUCUCCGCGUAGACCUGAUCCGGGACAGCAGCGAUGCAGACCGAUAUACCCAAGUGCCUGAGUUUUAAAGAAAGUCUGUCCGCUGUCUUCACAUGUCUCUCUGACCCCCAGGACGCAAUCGCUGCUUCUUCUGUCAGGACAAUGAAGGUCAUUUUUUAUCAAGAACGUGUUUCUGUUAUGCUAGCAGUGCUGGUGCGCAGCCCUCUAUCAGCGAUGGUAUGAAUGAAACUGUCUUUUCUUGAGGAAUGCAAUUGCAAGAGCUGUGCAUUUUUACAUCCACGUGUUUUGUAUGUACAUAUAUAUAAAAGAUGAUUUUAUAAUUUUAUAAAAAGCCGAAAUGAGCCGCUGUUUGGCGGCAGUGUCGUGUAAAUUAAGAUUGAAAAGAAUAUAUGUAAUUGUUUGUAAGUUGUUUGUCGCGACGCAAGUGGUGUCUGAUUGAUAAAGAUCUUGCUGUUGUAAGUCGGUUUUCUUUGAAUAAAAUAUGCUGAUGCGUUUCAGUCAUCAUAAAAAAA